AUGGACACGAAAAUGGGCGGCGCGGGGGAGGAUACCAAGCAAGCCGUCCAGUCCAAGCAGGCAGACGUCGGAGUAGCUCCUGCUCCGGCAGUUGAAGCUGCGAAGCCUGCCGCCGUGACCGAGGAUGUUCCUGAUCCAGAUGAGGACGACUUGGACGAUCUUGAUGACAUGCUUGACGACUUUUCAGCUGUCAAGUUGGAGGGCUCUGCCAAGAAGCCUUUGUCCCCGACGAAUGCGACGGCUCCGGAAUCUGUUCCAAAGGGCACUACGUCUGCUCCGAAAGACUCUGCCACUGAUGAGGAGGAGCCCUUUUCAGAAGAAGAAUUCGCCAAGCAGCUGCAGGCAGGCAUGGCUGGCUUGCUCGGUGAGUUGGACAAGUCGCCUGAAAUGCAGGAGCAAUUCGAGGACAUGCUCAAGCAGAUGACCACUGCUGCAGCUGAUUCGGAAGCUGGUGCAGCCGGCUCGUCCACCAAACCUGGUGAGCAAAACAAGGCAGAUGCGUCCUUCCAGGACACCAUCCGACGGACCAUGGAGCGCAUGCAAACAUCUGGAGACCAAGCUACCGCCGCCGCGGCUGCUGGCGGCGACGAUGAUUUCAUGUCGGAGCUGCUGAAGCAAAUGGGCUCGGGCGACUUUGGAGGCGAGGGAAGCGAAGAGGAAUUUUCCAAGAUGCUCAUGGGCAUGAUGGAACAGCUUACAAACAAGGAGAUCCUCUACGAGCCUAUGAAGGAGCUCGACGAGAAAUUUCCCGAGUGGUUGGGAAAGAACAAGGACUCGACUCCUGCCGAGGAUCUCAAGAGGUACGAGGAACAAAAGGUUCUGGUCAGGGAGAUUGUGGCCAAGUUCGAGGAGAGCAGCUACUCUGACGGCAACGCUGCCGACCGCGAAUACAUAGUGGACAGGAUGCAAAAGAUGCAAGCCGCUGGGUCGCCGCCAUCGGAUUUAGUAGGAGACAUGGCAACGGCGCAAGAGGCCUUUGCUGGAGCGGAUGACCAAUGCAAUCCGCAAUAG